UAUGUAUCAUACAUUUUGAAAGUAAAAUUGUACUUUCACUUUCGAUUGGGAAUCCUGCCUCGUUUUGAAAGGAAUAAAUUAGGGGAAAUACCAUCAUGGCUGAAGUUGGAAAAAUAUUCAAUCGUCGCACUUUUUGCUUGAUAACUGGUGCGAGCCGGGGACUUGGACAUCAUAUUGGUAAAGGAUUUGCGGAAAAGUUUGUUGACCACUCAAUGAUUGUUUUGGUUUCAAGAGACGAGGAAGGCUUAGCUCAGACAAAGCAAAAAAUCAAACAAUCCAAUACCAAAAUUGAUGUUUUGAUUUGCCCUCAAGAUUUGAGUUCUGACAAUGAGCAGGAUUAUGACAAUCUGUUCCAAAAAAUUAUCACCAGCAACGUUUUUUUAUCAACCAAGUUUGAACAAGCUAUGAUCGUUCACAAUGCAGGAUCUAUGGGCGAUGUAUCCAAAAGGGUAAUAGACUUCAAAGACCCUAAACACAUACAGAGAUACUUCAACAUCAAUGUCGGAUCUAUGUUAGUGUUAAACUCUAAGUUCCUGGACUUAUUUGCAGCGGAUAAGGUAAAGCACAGAGUUUGCAUACAAUUGUCAUCACUCUGUGCAAUACAAGCAUUCAAGUCAUGGAGCCUAUAUUGUUCAGGAAAGGCAGCUAGAGAUAUGCUAUGGAGUACACUUGCAGAGGAAUGCCCUGACAUUAGAGUGCUGUCAUAUGCCCCUGGACCCCUAGACACCGAGAUGCAAGUUGUUGCCCGGACUGACAGUGCUGACCCCGAUGUCAAAAACAUGUUUAUAAAGAUGCAUGCGGAAAAACAACUCGUAGAGCCAAGUUCUUCAGUGGAAAGACUAAUCAAAAUUUUGGAGAAGGACGCAUUCAAGAAUGGACAACAUGUUGACUUUUAUGACGACCUUUAAGUGACCUCUAGGUCGAAAUGAAAGGCAAUAAUCUGAUACAAACAGUGUUGUGUUGAUUAUGCGAGCAUUGAUGGCUUAAAAAUAUUUAUGAUAUGCAUUUUAUAUGCCAUACAAACAGUAAUGUUUUUCAUAUGAGAGUACACGAUACCCGAUUUGGUAUCUCAAACUGGCCACUUGACAAUGUUUUUAAACUAUUUCAUAGAUGUCGCUGCAACAUACUUUAUCAUAUUUUCAAUUAUUUAACCCCUGUAAGAAGGGUGAUUACUUGACGUGGUUCAAUUUGCAAUAUUUUGAUGCGGAAUUUAACUUGUAUCCAGGUUUGCUGUGUCUUUUGCUGUUUUUUGGAGCACGAAAAUUAGCGUCGAUUUACGCACGAAUACGUGGGUAUUACGUUGUUCUUUUGAGCAAUAUUGAUUUUUUAAAACUGCGCUAUCUAUCAAUUACACCGUUCGUCAAAAGCAUUAAAUCAAUUGGUCAGUUUGAACAGUCAAAUCUGUCAUUGUGUUAAAAUAUUGCUGUUUGACAUCAUAGUAAUAUAUUCACAUUCCCAAAGAUGAGUAAAUCAAAUAUAAACAUUUAUC